UUCGGGGCAGCGCAUCUGAAAAGCGCGUUCACGUGUCCACACACACAUACACCGCACACACAAGCGCGCGCAAGCCAUAGAGCAACACACACACACACACACACACGCGGGGAGCAUCCCUGAGCUGGGCUGAGGAGGGGAGCGCUCGUUUGGGUUUAACAAUCCGGAUCCAGAGCCACAGUUAUUUAUAUCUGAAUCACGCCUAAUAACAGACUGUGUGCAAACACCGCAGGAUGAUCCCGGGCCCAGCCGAGCCUUCUGGAUUCUGAGGCCCGCACUGACAUCCACCUUGCACCGGGAGAGGACCCCUCGCCUCCAGCAGCUGCAGCAGUUCAGCCUCCCCGAGGCAGAAUGUCAAGUAGCGCCGAAGAAAGUCAGUCCAGGGGCGGCGGCUCCCAGUGUGACUUGAAAAUGGCCUCAUCGAGCAACACGUCCCCGGAGGGUGGACCUCCACAACCGCUGCACCAGAACCGUAUACGGCAGUCCGACAGUAACACCAGUUUCCUGCGAGCUGCCAGAGCCGGGAAUAUUGACAAAGUCCUCGACUUCCUGAAAAACGGAGUAGACAUUAGCACCUGUAACCAGAACGGUCUGAACGCGUUACACCUGGCAGCCAAAGAGGGACACACGGAUUUAGUGGAGGAACUGUUGGAAAGAGGAGCACCUGUUGACUCUUCCACUAAGAAAGGAAACACCGCCCUCCACAUCGCGUCGUUGGCCGGACAAAAAGAAGUCGUCAGACUACUGGUGAAGAGAGGUGCAGAUAUCAACUCUCAGUCACAGAAUGGCUUCACUCCACUCUACAUGGCGGCACAGGAGAGUCACUUGGAGGUGGUUCGAUACCUGUUGGAAAAUGACGGGAAUCAAAGCAUUGCAACAGAGGAUGGCUUCACUCCGCUGGCCAUCGCUCUCCAGCAGGGCCACAACUCAGUGGUGUCCCUGCUGUUGGAGCACGACACCAAGGGCAAGGUCCGACUCCCAGCCCUGCACAUCGCGGCCCGGAAAGACGACACGAAGUCUGCGGCGCUGCUGCUCCAGAACGACCACAACGCUGACGUCCAGUCCAAGAUGAUGGUCAAUAGAACCACGGAGAACGGGAAGAGUGGGUUCACCCCUCUGCACAUCGCGGCACACUAUGGUAACGUGAAUGUCUCCACCCUGUUGCUGAACAGAGGAGCUGCUGUGGACUUCACAGCCAGGAAUGGAAUAACGCCUCUCCAUGUGGCCUCCAAGAGAGGCAACACGAACAUGGUGGCCCUGCUGUUGGAUCGAGGGGCCCAGAUAGACGCUAAAACCAGGGAUGGGCUGACCCCUCUGCACUGUGCAGCGAGGAGCGGGCAUGACCCAGCAGUGGAGAUUCUGCUGGAGAGAGGAGCUCCCAUCUUAGCCAGAACCAAGAACGGACUGUCCCCGCUGCACAUGUCGGCCCAGGGAGACCACAUAGAGUGUGUCAAACUCCUGCUGCAGCACAAGGCGCCUGUCGACGAUGUCACGCUGGACUACCUCACGGCGCUGCACGUCGCCGCUCACUGUGGCCACUACAGAGUCACCAAGCUUCUGCUGGACAAGAAGGCCAAUCCCAAUGUCAGAGCACUGAACGGUUUCACUCCUCUCCAUAUCGCUUGUAAGAAGAACAGGGUGAAGGUGAUGGAGCUGCUGGUCAAAUAUGGAGCCUCCAUUCAGGCGAUCACUGAGUCUGGUCUCACGCCUAUCCAUGUGUCUGCCUUCAUGGGCCACCUCAACAUCGUUUUACUCCUGCUACAGAACGGAGCGUCUCCCGACAUCCGUAACAUCCGCGGUGAGACGGCUCUCCACAUGGCGGCGCGGGCAGGUCAGAUGGAAGUGGUGCGCUGUUUGCUGAGGAACGGAGCGUUGGUGGAUGCCAUGGCCAGGGAGGACCAGACUCCCCUCCACAUUGCGUCCCGUUUGGGAAAGACCGAUAUAGUCCAGCUGCUGCUGCAGCACAUGGCACAUCCAGAUGCAGCCACCACCAACGGCUACACUCCUCUCCACAUCUCAGCCAGGGAGGGCCAGGUAGAAACCGCUGCCGUGCUGCUGGAGGCCGGAGCUUCACACUCACUGGCCACAAAGAAAGGAUUCACUCCAUUACAUGUAGCAGCUAAGCAUGGGAGCCUGGAUGUAGCACAACUUCUCCUACAACGCAAAGCUCUCCCCGAUGAUGCCGGCAAGAAUGGCCUGACUCCGCUGCACGUGGCAGCUCAUUAUGACAACCAAGACGUAGCUAUGCUGCUGAUGAAUAAAGGGGCAUCACCUCAUGCUACUGCAAAGAAUGGCUACACUCCUCUCCACAUUGCAGCCAAAAAGAACCAGUCCAACAUUGCGUUAGCGCUGCUGCAGUACGGAGCAGAGACCAACAUUUUGACCAAGCAGGGAGUCAGCCCUCUACACCUGGCAGCCCAGGAAGGACACGCUGAGAUGGCCAGCCUGCUGCUGGGCAAAGGAGCUCACGUCAACGCAGCCACCAAGAGUGGACUGACUCCUCUGCACCUCGCUGCCCAGGAAGACAGAGUCAGUGCAGCAGAAGUACUGGCCAAACAUGAUGCCAACUUGGAUCAGCAAACUAAGCUUGGAUAUACCCCUCUCAUAGUGGCCUGUCACUAUGGAAAUGCCAAGAUGGUGAACUUCCUGUUACAGCAAGGCGCCAGCGUCAACUCCAAAACAAAGAAUGGAUACACACCCCUUCACCAGGCAGCACAACAAGGGAACACACACAUCAUCAAUGUGUUGCUACAACACGGUGCCAAGCCCAAUGCAACUACAGUGAAUGGAAACACGGCUCUGUCUAUUGCCAGACGUCUGGGUUACAUCUCUGUGGUGGACACACUUAAAGUCGUCACAGAGGAGGUCAUCACGACCACGACGGUGAGUACGGUCACAGAGAAACACAAGCUCAACGUUCCCGAGACCAUGACGGAGAUCCUUGACGUGUCUGACGAAGAAGGUGAGGACACUAUGACAGGUGAUGGAGGAGAAUAUCUGAGAGCGGAGGAUCUGAGAGAGCUGGGAGACGACUCUCUGCCAGGACACUACCUGGACGGCUUCAGCUACAUGAGCCACAACCUGGACAGGCCGCAACACACUCCCAUUCACCAAAGCUUCCAUCAGGGAGAAGGAGUUCUCAUCGAAGAGAUGCUCACAAGCCACCAGGUGUCCGCGCUGUCUAAAGAGAACGAAAAGGACUCGUUUCGUCUGAGCUGGGGUGCCGAGCACCUCGAUAACGUGGUGUUGUCCUCCAGUCUGCUGCACUCCGGCCGUUCCUCUCCGUGCCUAGACCAUGACAACAGCAGCUUCCUGGUCAGCUUCAUGGUAGACGCCAGAGGCGGCGCCAUGCGUGGCUGCCGUCACAACGGCCUGCGAAUCAUCGUACCGCCGAGAAAGUGUUCUGCACCCACGCGGGUGACAUGCAGGCUGGUGAAGAGACACCGUCUGGCCUCUAUGCCUCCCAUGGUGGAGGGCGAGGGCCUGGCUGGUCGCAUCAUAGAAGUGGGGCCCACUGGAGCCCAGUUCCUGGGUAAGCUCCACCUUCCCACAGCUCCGCCCCCUCUAAAUGAGGGUGAGAGCCUGGUCAGUCGCAUCCUGCAGCUGGGUCCUCCAGGAACCAAGUUCCUCGGCCCUGUGAUCGUGGAGAUCCCCCAUUUUGCAGCUCUGCGGGGCACAGAGAGAGAGCUGGUGAUCUUGAGGAGUGAGACAGGGGAGAGCUGGAGGGAACACCACUGUGACUUCACCGGAGAGGAACUGAACCAGAUACUUAACGGCAUGGAUGAAAAACUUGAUUCCCCCGAGGAGCUUGAAAAGAAAAGAAUAUGCCGCAUCAUCACGCGAGACUUCCCACAGUAUUUCGCUGUGGUGUCACGGAUAAAGCAGGACAGUCAUUUGAUUGGACCAGAGGGCGGAGUCCUCAGUAGCACUCUUGUGCCCCAGGUCCAGGCUGUAUUCCCCGAAGGAGCCCUGACUAAGAAGAUCAGAGUUGGGCUACAGGCUCAGCCCAUUGAUGUAGAGGUGGUGAGGAAGGCUCUUGGUAACAAAGCGACGUUCAGCUCAAUUGUCACAUUGGAGCCGAGAAGGAGGAAGUUCCACAAACCGAUCACCAUGACGAUCCCUGUUCCCAAGAGCUCCAACAGCGACGGACAAAACACGGAGUUCAGUGGAGGGACACCCACCUUACGUUUGCUUUGCAGCAUUACAGGUGGUACCACUCCUGCCCAAUGGGAGGACAUCACCGGCUCUACACCUUUAACCUUUGUGAACCAAUGUGUUUCCUUCACCACGAAUGUGUCAGCAAGGUUCUGGCUGAUAGACUGCAGACAGAUCCAGGAGUCUGUUAGUUUUGCCUCUCAGCUGUACAGAGAGAUCAUCUGCGUUCCAUACAUGGCCAAGUUUGUCAUUUUUGCGAAGACACUGGACCCCAUCGAGGCCCGUCUGCGCUGUUUCUGCAUGACCGACGACAAGAUGGACAAGACCCUAGAGCAGCAAGAGAACUUCACUGAAGUCGCCCGUAGCCGAGAUGUCGAGGUGCUGGAGGGAAAACCUAUAUUUGCUGACUGUUUUGGAAACCUGGUGCCUCUUACCAAGAGUGGACAGCACCAUGUGUUCAGCUUCUUCGCCUUCAAAGAGAACAGACUGGCCCUCUUCAUCAAAAUCAGAGACACAGCGCAGGAGCCGUGUGGUCGCUUGUCGUUCACCAAGGAACCACGCACCUACCGUAGUCUUACCCACAAUGCUAUCUGCAACCUUAACAUCACUCUCCCAGCAUACUCUAAGGAGUCUGAUUCAGACCAAGAUGCUGAUGAUGAGAGUGAGAAGAGUGACAAGAAAUUGGAUUGGCAGGAUGAUGCUGACAGGAAAGAGGAGACAUUAGCUAUCAUUGCAGAUCUUCUUGGCUUCAGCUGGACUGAGCUGGCAAGAGAACUGGAAUUCAGCGAGGAUGAUAUCCAGUUGGUAAGAACAGAAAAUCCUAACUCCCUACAAGAGCAGAGCCACGCAUUGCUGCAGCGCUGGGUUGAGCGGGAAGGCAAACAUGCCACAGAGAACUGUCUGAUUAAGAGACUAACCAAGAUCAAUCGCAUGGACAUCGUCCAUCUGAUUGAGACCCAGAUGAACAAGUCAGUUCAAGAACAAACAUCUCGAACUUAUGCAGAAAUAGAGAAGACACUGGAUCACAGUGAAGUGUCAGUAGCUCUGUCUUCAGUGCAAGAGGAUGCAGAGAGCCCAAGAGUUGUGAGAAGGGUGGAGUCAGACCGUAGACCACCCCCAGCUGUUUCUGAAGAGGACCUCUCAGUUGCUUCUCUACUGGAUAUCCCUUCCUGGGCAGAGCCUAUUGGACACACCCACUCAGAGAGCAUGCACGGUGACCUGUUGGACGAGCUCGAGAUCCCACACGAAUUGAACCCUAACCUGUGGACCUCGGAGGAUGUAAUUACACAAGAGCCUACAAUGUACGACAACUCAGAUGAGCAAGGUGAUGAAAUGCUUGACCUCCCCACUCAGUCGGUGACGGAAGAAAGGUACCAAGAUGAAAAUGGACACAUUGUUGUCAAAAAGGUUACCCGUAAAAUUAUUCGCAAGUGUGUUUCCGCGGAUGGUGUGGAGCAUGAACAGGUAUCAUUAGAAGGAGCUCCACAGGGGUCCAUCAGUACGGCAGAGGGAGAUGGAUACUCCAAGGUGGUGAAGCGCACUGUUGUGAAGAGCGAGGGAGACCACGCAGAGGUAACCUUUGCUGAGGGUUUCUCAGCAUCAAGACAGGAGACAACUGGAAGCUGUAAGGUCAGUCGCGUGGAAAGGACGACGGUGGUGGAGGGUGAAAGGACAAUGACACACCAAGGUGAUCCAUCUCUGGCUUCUGACCUCCCCUCAGCCCAAGACGACUUCAAACAGGCAUUAGGUUAUAUAAGUGGUUCUAGCAGAACAGAGCUCCCUCAUGUGGUAGAGAGAGAGACUGUCAAGGAAGAUGGAACUGUGGUCAGGAGGGCCCACAUGCGUAAAGGUCGCACCCGCAGACGAACGGUGGUGAAGGGAGCUGGGCAGCGCAAACAGGUCCUUCUAGAGCAAGUGGACGACCCCAGAAAAGGGUCGAAACCACAUGAUCUCCAGCAGCAUCUCCACCAGCUCUUUCACCGCUACUACGAGGAAGACGAAAAGGAGGACGACGACGAGGACGAAGAGGAGGAGGAAGAGGAGGAGGAAGAGUAGAAGAAUGUGUAACACUCUCCCCAACUCCCCCCCGGCUCUGCCCAUGCCAAAGUCCCUCCCUUAUCCUAUGCAUUAGCCACAUGCAAUCCCAGUGUGCACCACGGCACCUCGAAGCUCCCAUAGUCUUCCCAUUUAAGUCCUGGAAGAUGACCUUUUUUUUGUUCAAAAGUUUUGGGUUUUCUUCCCUGGCUUAUGAAAAUGUAUCCAUGAUUUUCUUUUCAUGUUCUGAUGUUGUUUUGCCUUUUUGUGACCAAAGAAAGCCUUCUCUUGUUUUCCUGAUUUCCACUUUUAUUUUCCAUGUCAGAAUUGUCUUUGAUAUUUUUUGUCUUGAUGCUGUGGUAGAGCAACAAAAAAAAACAGAGGAAUACUAUUCACACCAACUAACUUACAAACCUCCUGACGGUAAAGAACACUUUACCUGGUACUACUCUCUGAGUAGGUGCUCGGACUGAAAGACAAUAUCUCACACUGCACUGCCUCUCACACCCAGAGUUUCUCAGAUAUUCCUUCCUUUUAAAACUGUCUCACUCACUGUACUAGCCUCUCCGCUUUUUUGAUUCAGGUGGUCAAGAUGUCACGCAGAGAAAACUGUUCCAGACUGUAUCGACACUGAAUUUAACUGCUGCUGCUGCUGCUGCUGCUGUGUUUCGUGUAGGCUAUGUGUAAUCUGUCUUUGGGAAAUAUAUAUUAUCUAUAAUCUAGACAUUACUGACAUCAGUAGCCUAGGAAUUAAUAAUCACUCAUGUGAAGUAGAGCAGGCAUGACUAAUCAACAUCUGUCAUUAUGAUCCUAGCUUUGACUGCUUUGUAGUUCUAUGGAUUGCCCUUCUGCCUCUCCUUCCCUUCUGUUCUGCCUUUUUUUCCCCUGUGUUUUUAUGUUUAAUUCUAUUAAUUCUCCUUUAAAUUGUUGAUUUUGACUCAUACUGUAUGAAUGGUCAGUGUGCGUGCGAGGUAUGCUUGAGGGUGUCCAUGCAUGUGUUGCGCAUUGGCAGCUCGUUUGAAGAGGUUAUUCUCAGAAUUAUUAUUAUUUAAACUGUUGUUUGAAGAUGUCUUAUUUUAGAGUUUGUUUUUUUUAAUUUUUAAUUUAGUUUAAUAUUAAGUAUAGAGGACUUAUUUAAUAUUUGUUUGAACGCCAUUAAGAGGUUUCCCUUGCUUUGUCUGACGUGACAUUUGUGGUACGGUGAUCAGGCGUUUCUGCUUUAUUUAAUGUUUUAAACUUUAUGAACGGGAAAGUGUUGGACCAGGUGUCGGCAGUAGUGUGUUGUGUGUUUUAAGAGUGAAUGAGUCUGUGAGUGUAGAAGAAGAAUGUGUGUGUUUCUGUCAGCAGAGAAAAGAAAGAUUUAUUUUACACAAAACCCACGUUUGCACUCCUGAAUGUCAGGAGGGAGCACCCUCCAUGCUUUUUGUGCACACGAUAUGAGAGGUACAAAUUUAUCAUAGCCACAAAGAGAGUCUCAUUUUGGACAGGACAGAUGAUGAACGUCACACCGGACACAUGCAUUAUGAGGCAGGUCGAGAGCUUCACUGUACCAUUAUUCACAGCUCUGAGCAUCACUACUGUGUGUAUCUACAACAUGUAAUGUAUUUAUUUCACUAUCACUGUUUACUUUGUGAUUUAGAAAAAAAAAAAAGUCAAAUGAAAACUAGUGGAAGUUCACUGUGACAGGUAUGCUUUUAAUUUGAAGAAUCAGCAUCCCUUUUUCUGUGAUGAUGACAGUUAUAUACAUAUACAGUGCAUAUAUAAAUAUCUAUAAGGGCAUGUAUUACUGUAUCAAAAUUCAAAAAGACAAAAAAUGGCUGCAGUGUGUCUAUGGCUGAUAGAGAAUAAAAGUCUACAAAUGUA